GACUCUCCUCCCAGCCAACCAGCGGUCAGACUGGAUGUCAGGCCGUAGCCCACUCCCCCACUCGCCCCUGGAUGACGCACUUCUCUCCGGUGUGAGUUAACGCUGCUCAGCCGCUGUCUAAGCAGAGCAGCAGCACCACCACCACCAUCCCUCAGCACCUCCACUGGCUGAUGAUAGAGAUGGAUGUGCGGAUGGGGGCUGCAGUAGAGACCCACCCGGAAAAGAUGCUGUGAGCCACACCGAGCCGUGUUCAGCCCGUGUUCCCGGCCGUUGAUGAUUUUUUUCUCCGAUGGGUUGUGGAGGGAGUCGGGCGGACGCGAUCAUCGAGCCGAGGUACCAUGAGAGCUGGACCAGAGAAACGGAAUCGACGUGGCUUACAAAUACGGACGUGGAGACCUCUCUGCCAGUGGCCAACAGUAAGAGCCUCGUCUGAUUUACCUGAAAAUGCAUUCAUCCUUUAUAGCAUAGACUGCUUUUCCUGUCAGAUCGCCUACUAAACACAAGCUAGAACAAAAAUCAAGGAAUAGUAGGACUCACACACCAAUCAAAACACAGCUGUUACCACCCUGAGAUAGCAAUCCAGCUAACAUUGUCUUCAUACUGGAGGAAACUAGCUCCAGAGUGAGCUAUUCUUUCAAAUGUUAAGCCUAGCCUGAAUCUUUGGUCCACAGGUAAAGCUCUGGAGGCCAAUCUGAGGGAGAAGAGGAUGGUGAACACAGGCACCCAGUGUGGGAAGCAGGCCCUCACAUCCACAGGCUCCAACCACCAGAGGAGACCCAGGAGAUCCCUGACAGAUGUAGGUAGCUCAGGUAGCAGAUGUAGGCACAUCCUACUGUUGAAGAUGAACACUAACAGCAUCUGUAUUUGCAUGUCAACAAAUCAUACCCAUCAUGUUAGGCAGCUCUGCAGAGUCAUUAUGAGCAUGAAGAAAGCCCCGUUAAAUGGCAGCUUACCAUUUCUAAUUAUGCAUAACCUGCUAGAUCCCACUGAAGAUGUUACACUUCACAAAAAAAGCAACAUUAAAAUCAGCAAAAUAAAACAAAACUACAAGCAAGAAUGUGUCCAGACUACUUGCAUUGGGGCGGCCCAAAUGGGGCAACAACUUUUGCUGGGGUGGCAUUAAGUAUGCGUGCAUCCACAAAGAAAGAGAAUUGAUUUACUUCACUUUUUCUCUGUUUUUUUCCCCCUCAACCCUUAUCGCUAUAUUGCUAUAUUUAACUAUGAAACUACUAACAGCCUGCCACAAGCCAGUUGGUUUAAACCUGUUCUACCUCUGACGUGGCAAACAACCAGUCAUAGUUAAAGACUUUUUGGCUUUAACAGAGGGUAGAGUAAACAUAUGACCAUGAUUUGGGCCAGUUGAUUAAAAUUUCACCUCCUAGUCUAAAAGUAGAUUGUACAGAAAACAAAAACCUUUUAUUUUCUGGGACAAUAAUCAUGCAUGCCUCAUAAUCUCAGGAUAAACGUAAUGCCUGAUAAAGUAUGUUGUAUUAUUUACACUGCCUCACAGUGACUUUGACACCCUGGAAACUGUGAUUUACAAAAAUGACACACUGGUAGAUAUAUAAUUUAAAUGAGUAUCAGUUAAAUAUGUAGAUUUUGUAACGAUAGACUUAUAUUUACAUUAAAUGCAUCACAAUAUGCCAAUUAAACAUAUCACAUAUAUAAAUUUAUAAAUGUGUUUUGAUUCUCAAGAUCUCAGCCUCCUCUACCAUCCUUUUCCAACCAUCUUUUUGUCCACGUUUUUAUUCUGAGACCUAAUUGCACAAAAGAAACCAAGAGCAUAUUUUGUUGUCUGUCCUGAAUGCAAAUGUAAGGGCUUUAAAAUCAGUGACUGGCUGAUAAGAAGAGACGAAUGCCACUGCAUGCACACUCUAUCAUGAUUUAUAUUCAUUUUGGAAUCUGUUAUGAGGGACUGAAUUGCAUAUUUCAAAUAUAAAAAUCACUAUAAUAUGUAAAUAAAAAAUAGGAUCUUUAGAUGUUAGAAAUUACAUCUGUACUGUCCGGUUUUAUCAUACUUUUGGAUGAGCUCUGUUGACUCCGCAUACUUGUUUUCUGUUCUAAAAAAAGGAUUUCACAUUUGACUUUCUCCACAGCAGACCACUCGUGACUCCAAAAGGAGAGCAUCGAAGGAGGCUGGUGGGUUGUCAAAGGACGGGCAAACUGUCAGUAUUAACAGCAGUGGUGAAGCUGAACCAGGAAACACGUGCGAUGAAAGAUGAAGGACAAACCAGGGCUAAGUGAAGAAGAUGAAGAUGGAUGGAGCUGCAAGCAGGGUCACCAGAAAACAGGGAUGAUGAUCGAAGUAAAAGUGUGUGGUUGAAGUUUGCAAAUGACUCUAAAUCUCAGCGAUUUACAACAUAAGCACCUGCACAUGUCUCCAUCCAAAGACCUUGGGAUGCUGCAUUUUUGUUGUGCUAUUGCAAAUGCAUGUGUGAAGCAGAAGAGUGGAGGUACAAACAGUGUUUGCGUUCUCCACCAUGCUUUUCUCCACCAUGCUUACGGUGCUGGUCAGGGAAUGUGUCACUGUGUUGAGCUAAUUUUACAAGAAAACUAGAACAGGCCAUCUCAUAUGCACACGAUAAUCAUAAUCUGCACAUCAAAUGUUGUCUUUGCGGGGCCUUCCUAAAGAUUUUGCUUCAAUUCUUUGUGCAAAUAUAUUCAUUUUGUUGUGAAUGAAAAACAGAUGUCUGAAAGCCAAUGAUGAGGUAGUUGAACCUCAGUCAAUGCUGUAAAUGAUCUUUCAUUUAAAGACCCUGAAGUGCUGUGUAGAGGCUGCGAUCUGGACGUUUUGAAGCUUGAGGGCUGAUGUUGCUUCCAGCCUUCACAAGAUGAAAAAUACAAACACACCCGCAUGUGCCUACAAUUCAUGUUGAUCGUGACUGCUUCUGUUUUCAGUUUGACAGAUUUUUUUUUUUUUACUGUGUUCAGAAAUUUGUUGUCUCUAAUUCUCUUAAAUUUUCUCUUUUCUUAUAUGAUGUGCUAUUUGCGUUGCUUACACUGAUCUGCAUGUAUUAACAAUCUCAAAUGGAUUGAGCCUUGUCUCUGCCCAAACUUUAGCAAAAACAAGAUAUAUGAUAUAAAAUAUUUUGCCUUUUUCAGAACGUGAAGAUGAAAAGGUGUGUGAUCACAAAGUGUAAACUAGACAUUGAGAUGUAUAGCCAGCAGAGGGCGUUGUUUACCAGUUGGGAUUUUACAAACUGAAGACCUCAGGAGGAUUGCUAAUGGCAACAGCAACCACUCUCAGAAAACCACUUAAAGGAUGAUUAAGUUACUUUUGCUGGAGUCUAAUUAAAAGGCAAUCUCUUGGAAGUGU